AUGCAGCGACUCACUUUACUCUUCCAUUCUCAGUUUCUCCUGUGUUGGAAGUUUGCAACUCCCUCAGCUCAAAGUCUAACAGGAACGUCGAACCCUGGUCAGUUGUCUUGUUUAAGAAGAUCUGAACAUCCUGAAAAAGGUAAAGCUUGACUUAAACACUUAAUAUGGGCACCGUAAAUAAUGGCAAAAAUAAAUCUUAGACUACACAAAGAAUAAAAAACUUGACGCAGAACCAAUGUGAACCGAGAAGAUUUGUUGAGGCUAUUUAAAUAGUGGGGUUGAAGGUAAUGUAUUCCUGAUGCGCUGACUUUAAUUCAUCAGUUACGACACAAGCAAAUUCAGUUUCGUAUUUUAGCGAAAAACACCUAAAUACCGAGUCGCGAGUCGAAACACUUCAACUAGCAAAGCAUUCAGUUAUUUUUCUCUUAACGCGAGUUAGUUUCAAGCUGUCAAAAUCGGCUUUUCGUGUCGUGCAUUCCUCUCUGGUAUCGCUUCCCUUGUAGCUGUAAUGGAAUAAAGUUAACUUCGCUCGAAAAUCUCAGAGAUGAACUCUUUUCACUUGUAUGGUCACUUUUAGUAAUGAUGGAAUUUUAUUCACCUUCGAACGGCACUACUUCAAGUUAACGUGUUCCAGACACGAUCAAACUAGUCAGAGUAAACCAUGACCAACAAGGACGAUGAGGAUGAAUAGGAAGACCGGUGACCAAGUAUAAAAUCGUCUGAUGAGUGGGAAUCUUAAUUAUAGGGGUUUCCAGAAUUAAGAACCAACAACUUUGAAGCCUUGUGUAUUCGCUUGUUGUGUAUCGAAGAGUUGCGAACAGCCUAAGAUAGAACUGGCCGGAAAUUUACGAAAACUGAGACUGAGUAAUUUUCGAAACAUGAGAAAAAUAAUUCCAUGUAAAAAUAUGUUAAUAUCUAAGCAAUACUUUUCACUUCCUGUCGGUUUUCAGACGCAAAAACUCACACGGGAUGUUAGGAGAACACAGGGAAAAGUUGUAAAUCACGACCCGAGGGUGCAUGAUUACCAACGUUCCAAGUGCACCAACGCCUGAAAAAUGAUAGAAAGUGCCCUUUCUAGUUUUUAAAAAUGGAGCCCUGAGUUUACUAGUACAAUGAACGAUAGGCUUUCGAUCAAUCAAAGUGUUCCUAAUAUCUUAUAAAUUUUUACGACUUUCAUCAAGUCGUCGAUGUCCUCUUGAUUUCUCUCUUUUUGUUUUAUGUAAGAUAUAUCUUGAAGAAAACUCUCAUAUAUGACGAUAUGUUUGCAUCUGUUCCAGGCUACACUCUGGUUAAUCACGUGAUUGCUACGCACACUGUCACGUGCCCGAUAGACUGUACGUGGGAAUGCCUACGGGAUGCACGCUGUCGAUCGUUUAAUUAUGCAAACUCAGGGAAAACAUGUGAAUUAAGUGACCAAUCAAAAGCGACAGCCCCAAAUGACUUUGUUUUAAGAAAAGGCGUCACUUACUACGAGCCAACGACACAGAUGGUGAGUCAUAGAAAUUUACAGAUCAGUUAGAAACUUAAUCAUCACUGCUCAACCUGCCAAGCGCAGGAACCUUUGAGGUCUUCGGUUUUUCAAAUUCCAUCUUCUGAGCAAGGUGGUGUCAAAAUCAUAUCGAGAGGUCAAAUAAAUGCCUUUAUCUCAGAGAACGGUAUGGCUGCCUAAAACUGAACAUGUACACAGAGCAGCGUUUGUAAGACCUUCAUUUCUAGCCCGAAAACACAUUAAGUUGAAAUGUAGUAGGACGGGAGUACAAUUCAGGCAGCAAUCGGGAGAAUGAUUUGGAAUUACGAGCAGGAAUGAAAACUUUAAAUUACACAUGCGCAGUUGAUUCAUAUAGCAAAAGUUCAGGUCGUAAGUCUAAAUAUUGUUACAAAACAUCCAAUGCUCAAUGCACUUCAGAAAUUUUUUCCAUUUUGACUGGCUAACAUUUGCUAAGUGCUUAUAACUGAACAGUUGACAUCAAACAAUUUGGACAUGAAACAGCCAAUCAAGCCGCAAAUAAGAGCUGUUUUAUUGAUAAGAGAACCACUCAUGCUCGAGCAUUUUGUUAUUGACACAAUUGAUGUCAUAAAAUGCCCAUUUUCUAAAAGGAAAUCCCGGGUAAAUAUAAUUGGCUAAAAUAGAGACAAAAUUGUUGGUCGAUAUACACCGGAAACGAAAUUCGAUUUGAAGGAAAACAGGAGAGAGAAAGAUGAAUUCCUACUCAAAACUUUGGAAAUAUCAAACUUCAAUACUCAUCUUGAAUUAAGGGUACAGACCACCAUCAAAGAGAAACGUUAGCUCUAAGAACGAGAAUGUAUUUCAACCUAAGAAGGUAUUGUCAUGGUAAGUUUCACCUUAUAAAAGGAUGAAAGUACGUUUAACCAUUCUUCCCAUUUUCUCCCAGGGAGGAAAUAGACCUGUUUGCACCUCGGCUUUAUGUCAAAAUGGUGGAACAUGUGUUGACGCGUGUUGGAAUCCCCGGAUGUUCACGUGUGAAUGUCGACAGGAUUAUAAAGGAGUGAAUUGCGAAAAGCACAGCGGAGGUGGGUAACUCGUGACUAAAUAGAAGAGAAGAACACUUAAAUUUGCGAUAAUUUCCUUAAAGCAACAAGUGUCAUAUUAUGUUUCCUUUGUUCCACGUACAGUGAGAAGCUGCCAGCAGCUGAAAAUCCUGGGAGCGAAUCAGAAUGGCAUUUAUAAAAUCAACCCAGAUGGUCAAGGGGUCAUAAACGUGUACUGUGACCAAACCACAGAUGGAGGUGGGUGGACUGUGGUUCAGAGACGUUCCCGUCCAUACAAGCAAAACUUUGAACGAACGUGGGUAGAGUAUCGAGUAGGCUUUGGCGACUUGUCCAAAGAAUUCUGGCUUGGAAACGACAACUUGCACCGAAUCGCCUCUUCAGACAGCAUUCUUCGGAUAGAGCUGCACCGAACUAACGGCCAGAAGGGAUAUGCCAAAUAUGGUGGGUUUCGGGUAGCUGACGAAACAGAAAAGUAUCGAUGCGACAUGAGUUCGUACGAAGGAAACAUCGGAAAUGGAUUUUAUGGGAAGACAAAUCCUAACCUGAACACCCGAGGGAUGAAAUUCGGCACACCAGACCAAGAUAACGACAACUACUCUGGCAAGUGUUUUCCUUAUGGUGGAUGGUGGGCAAACCAGUGUGGUGAGGUUAAUCCCAAUGCAAAAGGUGGUCCAUUCUGGCAUCCUUGGGCUUCUAAUUCUAACCUAAAAUUCUCUGAGAUGAAAGUAAGGCAUAACUGA